UGGUAGCCAUAAAGGCGUCCAGUGUAGUAUUCGUGCAUUGAACCAAUACUAAGUUAUCUUAUAAAAUAAAUUUACGGACUUCACGUACGCCAUCUCAAUCCAGACAAAAAGCAGAAAAUAAGUGCGAAGUUAGUGUUAUAGAGUUGUUGACAAGUCUGUAAUUCCGUUUGAAACAACAGCCAGUAAGAAUGAGUGCUAGCAUGGAUCCAUCAAAAUUGAAAGUUGUAGAGCUUCGUGCAGAAUUAUCGUCUCGUGGUUUGGAUACCAAAGGAGUCAAAGCCACUCUAAUUGACAGACUGAAGGAAGCUUUGGAUCGAGAAGCAGGUGUAAAAGAAGGAAAUAGGGAAGGAGAGACUGGGGGAGAUGAAGUGCUAGGUGGUGAUACAGCAGAAGAGUCAAACAUGGAAUUAUCACAGAAUGAAUCUGAACUACAGAUGAAUUCGCAGACAGAUGCAAGCUUCAAAGCAGAGACUGAUUCAGAAUCUCUGAUUAAGAAGGAACCAGAACCAGAACAAGAACAAGAGCAAGAAGAAGAACAAGAAGAAGAACAAGAAGAAGAACAAGAAGAAGAGCAAGAACCAGAACCAGAACCAGAAGUUGCUUACAAAGUGGAAGAAUUGGAAGAAGCUUCCGUAUGCGACAUUUCAUCUGAGGAUGUGAAGUCAGAAAUAAAACAGUCUGUUGCUAAAGAGGAAAAUAAAGAUCAGAUUGAUGUUACAGAGGCUUCAGCAGAAAUUAAGACAGAAAAGGAUGCCGAGGUAAUUGAAGUGAAAGAUGAGCCUGAAGAGAAAAUGGUUGUUGAUGCAAAAGAUGAGAAUCGUGACCGUAGGGACAGAGAGGAACGUCGUGGUGAGAAACGGCGGCGAUCCCCAAGUCCUCGCAGAAGGAGUCCUCCAAGAAGACAAGAUGAUGAGCCAGAUUAUGAUGAAACUGCUGUCAUCCUAAGCUGGUAUGACUCUGACUUGAAUCUUGUUAUUGACAAAGAAAACUUCACUUCAGCUGCUCCGAUGUUUGAUCAUGGAUUUGGUUACAUCUGGGCUGGAGCACGAGCCACUUAUGGGUUCACUCAGGGAAAGGUGUUCUAUGAAGUUAAAUUGAUUGAGGAUUGUGAUGUGUCUCACUUGGAAGAUGAACCAAACCCCCAUGUUAUAAGAGUUGGUUGGUCUGCAGAUAACACUUCCAUGCAACUGGGGGAGGAACUGUUGUCUUAUGGUUAUGGUGGAACUGGUAAAGCCUCAACUGAUUGCAAGUUCAAGGAUUAUGGAAAACCAUUCCACGUUGGCGAUGUUGUUGGAGCACUUCUGGAUUUGGAUGAUGAGACAAUUACAAUGUCAUUCACUUUAAAUGGAGAAGAACAAGGCAUAGCAUACAACUUUACUCGUUCUGAACUUCAGGAUAAGGCUCUGUUCCCACACAUUUUAAGCAAAAAUACCAAGUUCAAAUGUAACUUUGGAAAUGAAGGUUCCUGGUUUCCACCUCCAGAUGGAUACACUUUUGUGGCGCACGUGCCAUUGACCGAGAGAGUUAAUGGUGCAAAACGUCCAGGAAGAAGAGAGGACUGCGAGAUAAUUAUGAUGUGUGGUCUGCCUGGCGCUGGGAAAACAGUGUGGGCUAAUGAGUAUUAUGCAAAGAAUCUGGACAAGAAAUAUAACAUUCUUGGCACAAAUAAUCUGAUUGAUAAAAUGAAGUUGAUGGGUCUGCCAAGGAAGAGGAACUAUGCUGGCCGCUGGGAUGUACUUAUUGACAAGUGCACAAAGUGCUUGAUGAAGCUGCUGGAUGUUGCAUCUUACCGCAGAAGGAAUUACAUCCUUGAUCAGACCAAUGUCUAUCCGUCGGCCCAAAGACGCAAAAUGAGGGGUUUUGAGGGCUUCAUACGGCGAGCAGUAGUAGUUGUACCAACAGACGAGGAGUUCAAGAGGCGUGUUGAAAAACGAGAGAAGCUGGAAGGCAAAGAUGUACCAGACUCUGCUGUUCUAGAGAUGAAAGCCAACUUCAUGUUGCCUGAGGUAGGUGAUAUAUUCAAUGAAGUACUAUACAGUGAACUGCAAGAGGCAGAAUCCCGUCCCUUGGUCGAUCAGUACAACAGAGAAGGGCGAGAUGCUGGGUAUGGACAAUCACAGAAGCGCCACAGAAAUGACUCCCGUGACGGGAGGGACAGGUCUUCAUUCCGAGGAGGAUACAGACCAAGAGGUGGACCAGAUAACAGGAACCGUAGCGGUGGCUGGCAGCCAAGAGGUGGAGGAGGAGGAGGAGGUGGUAGCUGGAGAGACAGAAAUCAGCCUCAUGGUGGUUUCCGAAGUGGUGGCGGAGGAGGAAGUGGUGGUGGUAGUGGUGGUGGUGGAUGGAGAGGAGGUCGUGGCAGUGGGCGAGGAGGUGACUCCCAUGGCAACAGAGGCUUUGAUCGUAAUCGCCAGUCAGGAGGAAAUCGUAAUCAACAAUCUGGAGGAAAGGGAAAUUGGGGAGGCUAUAAUCAAGGAAGUGUUGGAUGUGGCGGCAGCGGUGGCACCAGCAGUGGUGGUGGUGGUGGCAGCGCUGGCGGUGGCAGCAGCAGCAGCGGUAGCAAUUGGGGAGGUGCUGGUAGUGGAAACUGGGGAGCACAGGGCUACAACCAGCAAGGUUGGACGCAGCAGAAUUACCCACAGCAAGGUUGGAAAGGCUAUGGUCAGCAGGCAAGCUAUGGACAGAACUAUCCUCAGCAGGGCUAUGGCCAGCAAGGUUAUGGAAAUGGCAGCAACUAUGCAAACUGGACUCAGCAGUAUUACAACCAGGCCUACGGCACAGGUGCACAGGGAUGGGGACAGACUGGAGCAGAUGGGACAUAUACUGGUUAUCCACAACAGGGAAAUUGGCAAGGCUAUGGGCAGAACAGUUACAGCUAUGGUAAUCCAGGUACAGGAACUGGACAGCAGGCUCAGCAGAAUAAGUAAAGCUGCAUUGCCAUUUUUGUAACAAAAAUCAACAGGUACAAUAUUUUAUGUAUAGAACAAAAGAAAUGACAGUCUUUAAAGUAUGUUAUUUUCUUCCUGAAAGAUGUAUGACUUAUAGUGGUAGUAUCACAUAUAACAGGCGCAAAUAUUUUUUUUUUCCUACUAUUGGUAGUUUCUAUGAUGUGUGAAGUAGUUUUAUGUGAAGUACUGUAUGACUGUGUACAAGUUUUUUAAUACAUGAUUUUCCUUGAAGGACUUUCAUGUCAUGUCACACACCAUAAACUCUUAAGGGAUGUGUAUGAUGAGCAGAGUAAGAAAGAAAUUCAAUGUUGUUUUCCCACAAAAAUUAUUCACAAAAUUAAUUUGAUUCAUUGAUAAUUUGAAAACUAUCUCAAUUGUAAGAUUAUUGCAGAAACAAACACAGAUUUACCUUGAGUUAAGGAUGUCUGGAUCUGAGUUGUAACAUGUGGGUUAGGAUACUCACCAUGGUGAAUUUUAUUCAAGAAAUCUAAUGCAAUGUCCUGUUUUCCCUGUAUUUAACCAAUGCCAUAUUUUUACUCUACUGUUUACAUUGCAUUGUGAGCUUAUUUAAGUACAAUGGAAAGGUUAAAAAAAAGUUGUAAUUUUGCAGUGUUAUAGCAGAACACUUGAACACAUUUUCAAGAAAAAGUUGUGCCUGUAAGGGAUAAUCAUAUAUUUCCAAAGCAAGAGUGAUGUAAAUCAUAUAAACUAGGCCAGUGAUGAAUUUGAGAGCCCAUGGUAGUGAAGGUUUGCACAGAAAUGUCUAUCGAAGUGUUUCAUCUUAGAUUUCUAAAUCAUCAAAUUUCUAGUAUUUUGUUGCCUUGGUCUUGGUUUGUGUAGCUGUAUCAUUGAAUGUUUUGAAUUCCUGGUGCACUGGUACUUUUAAAGAUGCAGAAUAAAACAUCUUGUCAGCAUGAGUAUAUAUAAGUCACAUCAUCAUCAUCAUCCAUUGCUGUUUCCAGCCUGAGGCCAGGUCCGCUUGGUAAAGCCCUUCCGGCUAUUACCCUUUUCAAUUCGAGUGAUGUUUUCUUGGCUUCGGGUAUCAGCUUCCUAGGCCUGUCAUACCCUACACAGUAUCACAACCGGUACAAUCAGUAUGUGAUUGUCGCCUGUGAAUAUCUGGUGACGGGCCUUUAGGGAAGUCAUUCUUCAAUAGCCUCGCCCCAGUAAUGAUGUAGCUGCUGCCCUAUGCCAUCUACCAUGACCCUGGUAGAGGGACCAUUGCAGGUUGCUACCCCUCGGGUCAUGGGGAACCCGGAGUUCGCGUAGGCAGGAGCACUCACUUACCUGAAGUAGGACUAUCUCCGAAGAGAGUUCCUACACGCUACAUAGUACUACAUGGUUUAGAACAACAUAACCUGUAAUUAAUUAUCAAUUUAUCAAUCAAAGUUCCUAAUUUCAGACAGCAAUGCAUAAGUCAUCCAGUAUCAGAGGGCAGUAUUCUGUUUUCAUAAGUUGGAAGAAAUGCCCAUAGCAGAAUACACUGUACUAUGUGGCAAGGUGUGUCUUGCCAUGCCAACAUGCCCAUUCCCCGCGCAUGAGACUGUGCAUAUCACAACUACCAGCUUUCAAAGACACACAGACACCUACCUGCCAUGGACAAAGCCAUCAAUUCAAUAUGUAAACUGUACCAUACAAACUUUCUUUGGUAGAUUUAAAUGUCAUUACAUACCAUUCAUUCUGACAUGUCUCAAUACGAAACACAACAUCUCAUUCCUUUACACUGACACAAAUUUGGUGCCAGUUUGAUCUGAAUGUCCACGGGAGUCGUGUGCCUGCAAUGUCGAGAACACACUUUAGAGGGAGAUGCUAGCGGACAUCAACACAGUUUAGAAAGCAGGGCCAAGUCAUGUUGGCAACACUGCAGGCCAACUACAUCCCGUGAACCUAGACUCCCUAAUGUGAAUUUGGUAUCCCAAUGCUGGUACAGGUUUUCACGACAGGAAUGCUCUUUCAGUGCCAGUGAAUGGUUGUCUGCACACAGCGCAUGUUGAAAGUGAUGCUGCACAUUUCACACAUGCUACAAGGUGACCACAAGGUAAGAAUAAAACUCCCCGUUCUUCCACGUAGCAAAUCUGGCAGACUCGUGCGUCAUCAAUUACCUUCUCAUGUGAACCGUUUGCUUGAACAGCGGAUGCUUUCAGGCUGGGCUCCUUACUUGAUGAUGAUGAUGAUGAUGCCUUUGUCUUCUGCAUGUCUCCCAGCAAAUUCUUCAAAUCCUGGACUGGAACAUUGGCUGCCUUUGGCUGACGACAUUCUUGAAUGAAUUCCCGCCCCUUGUUCAGCACAACAUACUUACACUUGGGAAACCACACUGCAUGUUCAACCCACAGAUUGUCCGUCUCCUCCCAGUCUUGGAGUCCUCCACCGCAGUGGAAACACACUGUUUGGUCUCCCUUAACCAUGUAAUAGAACCCUUCUUCACUCAGUUUGUCUGGCUUGUGUUUGAGGGAGCGUUACCAGUUCUCAUAUGACCGUACUAGUGAAUCAUAUGUGUUGUAAGAUGGGUGCAUUGGGCCACGGCUCUGGUUGAUGCCAUGCUUCUGCAGUUCCUCUGGUGUCAAAAGGUUGUGAUGCACCCCACUGCUGACGGCUCGCUCUGAGCCAGAAUUCAGCCUAAAGUCCGAGAAUGGUCCACAGACAUCAUAGCCACGACUCUCUUGUGACUCGGUGGCCAUCGGAAUUGAUGGGAAUGUUUCCAACUGGCAUCCCUCUAACAAACCCACAGGAUGGGGCCCAGUGCUGAUGAUCUGUGAAGGGGUCAUCUCCUUCCUCCCAGUGUCCCACCUGAACUCCACAAAAGGCACACUGCACCACAUCACCCUGGUUUGUGUUGUAAAAGCCAGCAGCUGACAGAGGAUGUGGGUCCAUGAACAAGAUCGACCAUUUCUCAUACGUUUUCAGACGGUCAGCCUCACGUUUCAAGUUUAGUGAUUGCCAGAUCUUAGUGGCAGGCUGGUGUGUUGGUGAGGCACAAGGGGCAGUGGAGCUGGAAGGUGUGGCGUCUGCGGUGUCGAUGGAGGAUUUGAGGUGUGGGUGGUUGUUUUCAAGGCACUGGGAGAGCUGCGUUAACACCAUUGGGAGGCAUGACAUACAACAUUAGCAGCAAACGUUAAUUUGUUUGUUUUUUCUGUAAAUUUCUUCAGUUGCGGAAAAACAAUCAACUACGAGUUCUUUCAAAAUUUUAACAUAAAGAUGGCCUACAAAUGGCUACACGUAAGCACAACUGUAGACUGCUAUCAUCAUAAGUGCUGAUUGUUAAAAAUCAUAUUUUUUGUUAUGCUGCACAUUUAAAACCAUGUAUAUUCCAGAAAGACAUCGUAUUCGUGAUAAGGUAGAGAGACCAGGUGCUGCAGGUGUAGUUGCUCAUGGAUGAUUCUUGUCAGCUUUGCAAAAUUUACAGCAGUGUGAAGUACGAAUGUUUUGGUUAAUGAUAUGAAAAACUUGCUCUCACUUGGGUUGUUUUUUUUUUUUUUGACGUUCACCGUUACUUUAGUGAUGGAUUUUAUUUCUUUGUAACAAGUUCAGAAUUUGAGACAAAUUUCAGACAUUAAUAAGUGUGUGCCUAUAUGCUGUAAUAAUUGUAUCUGCAGUGUAUGCUCUUAAGUUCUCAAAUUGUAUUUGCUUGACGUACACAUCCCUGCUUAUAAUAGAAAAUUGUUUUACUUCAAAUCAUUAGAGCACGUUCACGAAGUUAUAUGUCAGAGUGUCUGUUGAAGCUAAUAUCAACUUUGUAUUCUUUGUACUAACUUCUGCAGCACAGUCCUUUUUUAUGUACAUUACAUUUUAGUAUAGGUGCAUUAUUAUAAAUGGUUAAGAAUUUAAUGAUUAUACAAUUUUAGAAGUGUUCUUUAUUAUGAGCAACCAUGGUAUAUCUUGCAAUUUUACCUUCUUCAACUGUGUGUCAACAUUGAGCAUGUUGCAGCCGAAUGGACAUGUGUCACAGUUGUAUGCUGCUGAGGUAAGCAUUUAGUUCCAGCCGUUUUAUAAUAGUUAUGACACUAAUUCAAUUUUGCUUAACUGCUGUGAGUUGUUUAUAUAACAUCGACCUGUAAAGGCUGUUGUGACAGGGAAAGUGUUAAGUUCCAAUCACAUGGUUAUGGUCAUGGUCUUCUCAGCUCUGAUGUAGUGGCAUCAGAAUAUGAACCGGAAGGAAUACCAAAGAGAUGUUGAAUAAAUAGUACUUGACUAGUGUGUUUAUGGUUUGCUGAUUGCGAACGGUUGUAAGGGAGGAUGUAGACAGGAACUUACUUAUGUAUUUUAGUUACUCAAUUGGAAAACUGUUUCUGUGAAAAGAAUAUGACUUUCUUCUCUCAUGAUGGCAUGAAGUUUGUGGAAUAGAAUAGAAAUUUAAUGGAAACUAGUUUUGGAGACUGAUUGUGAUGAAGCAAUCUCAUCUCACACUGAAAAUGAGCUUGAUGAAUAUACUGUGGCAGCAAACAUUAAAAAUAAUGCAUCAGUUCUUGGAAUUCUGUUGGUAUCCAUCUUUUUAUUUGAGUUGUCAGUGACUUGAAGAUGCAAGAAGUACCUCAUGAGAACAAGAAUUCUUCAUUGAUCACAACCUUCUUUUCUCUUGUUUAUGGACCUAAUCCAGCAGUUCUGCAUGACAUUUUACACCAAAAUGAUGAAACACAGUAAAGUUUUUAUGUGCUGAGAUUUCAAAAUUUUUGCUACAGUAUGAAUCAAACAGGCAAGACUGACAAGAAAUGUGAGACUUAGGAAAACAAAAUCUCUCUCCAGUAAGCUCGGUGACAGUAGCUAAAUUUUACAAUCCAUCUGAUCAUUUAGUUGUCGACAGAGUCAUUGUGCUCUUUGAGUAAAGAGUUACACAUUCCAGGGAAGUAAACAUUGUCUAUAGUAUUUUUCUGUGAAAUUGGCGGCUGAGUCGAGUUCUGCUCUUUGUGAGUGACCAAUCAGCGCAAAGAAGGUCUGUUGGUAAGCAGCUAGACCUCAGUCUGUUCAGAAACUGCGUGAUGGAAGCAUCAGCUGCCGCACUGCAUUGUUGCCAGUUCUCGUUCUUCUUUGCGUAGUGUUGUAACCAUUCACUGGAAACCGAUGCUGCAUCUGGCACCAUUGUAUGUUUCCUCACUUUCUUGCCCAUCCACCUCCCACCACUACUUCCUACCGUGGCACAGUACAUGCCAGUUCGGCUGAAAACGUAUAGGUACACUUAACAUCAGGGGAAAGGCUAGGCAAAAUGCAGCACAGGUGGUGACAGCUAUGCUUGUGACAGUGAAGUCUUGUUAAAUGGGUGUAAAGAGCUCAUAAACUUUACGUGAAAAAUUCGUCAUCCAUAUUUUUUGAUUACCUAUGCAUAUGAGCUGUCAGUUGUUAAUUGUUCUGAAACUAUCUGAAUCAUAAAGCAAUACUGGGGGGGGGGGGGGGGGGAAGACAAAUUGGAAUGGGGUGACAAACAUGCUAGGGUCAUAGGUAUCUUUACUGCAAUAAUGCGAAAAGGUGACCAUAUAUAAAUUGACGAUUGUGCAUAAACCACCAGUAAAAGGUGACAUUUCUGAUGAAUGUGUAGGAGCUCAUAAACUCAUUAUUAGACUUUGGUUUGCACAUGGAAAAAUUGGCCAGUAGCUAUUAUUUUACUUGGACCAAGAAUUUUUUUAUCACCCGUUGGAUCUACCACUAUUAACUAUAUCAUUUCAACAUGUGUUAGCUAAUCAGAUCACCAAAUAUUUCAUCUGACUUCAGUAUUUGUUGGAAAUAAGUAGAUGGCAGCCUCCACUCCAAUCCAGCUCAAGAGGAAAGCCAGUCAUAUGUCUUCUCUUGAAACUUGUUACACUAAACGAUGGAUGAUGCUUGUGGUGCCAUGUGUGUUCAGUGAAGAAGAAAAGAAUGACAGCAAAAUUUCAGGGCUUGGAGUGCUCAUUUUAUUUUUUGCAUCAUACUGUUAAAAUAUAGCACUAUACAACUGGGCAUUUUAUUCUUUUUUCAGUAACCUGUUCUGUAUUUUAACACUAAUAAUUUUGUAGGUGUAAACGUUUUCUUAUAACACAUUAGUUAAAAGUCUGGCCACCAGCCCUGUACUUUGGGUUUUUAAUAACCUAUUUACAUAUGAUAAGUCUUUAUGUUUGGUUAAAGCACUGAUACACAGCAUGCAAUUUAUGAGAUAUUGUAAUUGAUGAGACAGUUUUGUGUCUCAGAAGUAUUUAUACAAAUCACAUUGAAUUUCAAAGAUAUUUCAUUUUACAUUUUUGUUUCUCUGCCAUUUUGAAAAGUAAUGUAUAAGAAUGUAAGAUUUGAGGUUUUCACAGCGGUGAGUAGAAAUUUUAAAAAAGCAGCUCUUUAUGGGACUGGAUCAGUUAGACCACUGUUAUUUAUUAUGUCAUUCAUUUUAUGGCCAUGCAAGUGGUGUAACCCUUCUGUGCUGUUAAUAUGCAUGUAAGAGUAACAUGUUCAAACUUGAGUAAUACAUAUUUUGUAUAGUC